UCACUCACUGCACCAUGGCAUCAAUUGGAACGUUUAUUAUCUAUGUCUUCCUAAUGACAGCAGUGAUACAUCCUUCACUCGGUACUCGAUUGACAGCUAGGGCCUGCGAAGGCAGAGUUCUACAUAUAGAGUGUCCUAAUAGGAUCCUAAUAGACUGGGCACAUUAUGACAGAAGAAAUGAAAACACAUGCAGAGGCGCAUUUGUAUGGUGGAGUAGUGAUUAUGACCUUUGCUACGAAACUACUGGCAUUGCAAAGCAGGCCGUCGAAGUCCGUUGCCAUGGGAAGCAAUCGUGUUCUGUGGCUGCCAUAGAUGCUGUCUUUGGUGACCCUUGUCCUGAUACAAAAAAGUACUUGGAGGUCCGUUAUCGCUGUCUCUAAAUCAGCUGGCGAAUUGAGGAAAAUCACCCCGAAGAGAGCCCGGUGGGACUUGGGGGUGAGGCAGUAUAGUUGAGACAGUUUUCUUUAAAUAUUAUUCGGGGACAUGUAUUUCCAAGUAAAACCUUUCAUUGUUUGUUUAAAGUAGAAUUCUCUCAAUUUGGGGUUAUUUACUUAGGUAUUGAUAGCUUAGCUAUGAAACAUCAGUAUAAGCGCUCUAUUAAUG